UAAUACCGAAGGUUCUCUAAAAUUUGCUGCUACAACAUGUAGUGGUGGAAAUAAUGAUUAUUUGAUUGUUAUUUUUGAUGGUAUUGAUUAUGUGCCUCAUAGACCAAACAUUUAUAUUAAUCAAUUUGAUACAAAUAAUCAACAGUGGACUAAUAUCACGUCUGUUUGA